UCCUAACAAUUUGUAUAUAUCUUACGAAUUUAAAAAUGGCAAGCAACGUCCCCACAACAAACCGCAUCGGUAACCGACCUCCAAACACCGGAAAUCUCAUAACAGUCCUUAGUAUCGAUGGCGGAGGGAUACGAGGAAUCGUCCCAGGUGUCAUUCUCGAGUACCUCGAGUCUCAACUUCAGGAGUUAGACGGCGAGGAAGCAAGGCUAGCGGAUUACUUUGAUGUCAUUGCUGGAACAAGCACUGGGGGUCUAGUCGCCGUCAUGCUAACGGCUCCAGACCAAAACAACAGACCUUUGUAUGCUGCUAAAGACAUCGUUCCAUUUUAUCUUGAAAAUUGUCCCAAGAUUUUCAAACAAUUUAGAGGGCCAUUUGGUGCGAUUAUAAAGCUGCUGAAGGCACUGGUAGGACCAAAAUACAACGGGAAGUAUCUUAAAGAGCUUGUGACGAGCUUAUUAGGAACCACCCAGCUGAAUCAGACAUUGACCAACGUUAUCAUUCCUUCCUUUGACAUCAAAACUAUGCAGCCUGUUAUCUUUAGCUCAUUUCAGGUGCCAAGAGAGCCUAGCAUGGAUGUGCAAUUAUCAGACAUCUGCCUUGGUACAUCGGCGGCACCUACGUUCCUCCCCGCCCAUUAUUUUCAAAAUGGCGAUCGAGAGUUUAACCUUAUCGAUGGUGGCAUGGCUGCUAAUAAUCCGUCUUUGGUUGCAAUAGGAGAAGUGACAAGGCAAACCCUAAAAGAAGAUCCAAAUUUCUUCCCUAUUUCACCUCUCGAUUACGGGCGGUUUCUGGUGAUAUCGUUAGGGACGGGCACUGAGAAACAACAACCUCGAUACGACGCGAAAAUGGCUGCAAAAUGGGGAGUUCUUGGGUGGUUACUCACGAACGGUUCGGUCCCACUGGUAGAAGCUUUUACUCAAGCGAGUGCUGAUUUGGUUGUUUUCCACGACAACGUUGUCUUCGAAGCCCUUAAUUCCACCGACAAUUAUCUCCGCAUUCAGGAUGAGAAUUUGACCGGAGACUUGGCUUCAACGGACAUAGCAACAAAGCAAAACUUGGACGACCUUGUGAAAGUUGGCGAAAGAUUACUGGAUGACUCGGUUUCCCGGAUGAAUUCCACUACUGGAGUGGUUGAACCCAUCCCAGAUGGUGGUACCAACCGUGACGUAUUAAAAAGGUUUGCACAACAACUCUCGGAUGAACGGAAACUAAGGGAGUCAAAUAAUACGGAUGGGAAAGUAGUCGAGUGACUGUUUUUUGUUUCUUUUGUAAAUUUCGUAAAUUAUUUGGAAAGGUUAUAAUAAAUAUUUAAUCGUAAUGUCAUUAAAAUUUGAUUCAAUAAAAUGGCAAACUUUAAUUCUAUUUA